ACCCCUGCUCCAAAAUCAAACUAGUACCGAAAUUCGUUAAGUUUCUCCCCAAAUUUUAAGAGUGUCCAGGAUCCUAGAUCCGCCAUUGACAGGAGGUGGGUUCUGAGAGAAGGAAACCACGAUUGUGGGAAGUGGGAAGGAAAGGAUGGGUCUUGUAUUCAUGUGUUUUAUUUCUGGGAAUUAGGUAGUAGAUGAAGGAUUUGUUUUCAAUGCGAAGGGGUAGGGUUGGUUUUGGAGUCUGGGCGGAUUGGGUACGAGUGGUUGGUUAGGCGAAUAUUUUUAUUUAGGGACUUCCUAUGAUAACUUGGAUAUAAUUUUAAGUUAGAUAACUUGCAUAGAUCUAAAGAGGUGGCAAUUUCAAUCCAAUCCACCAAUCCAAUCCAUCAAUCCAUUAAAAAUAUCCACCUAAUCCAAUCCAUUUAAAUCCAAUCCAUAUAAUCCAAAUCCAAUUGGAUUGGUGGAUUCAUGGAUUGGAUCCAUGGAUCAUUGGCAAAUUACGGUUUAGUACCUAUAAUUUUUAUUUUUUACAUUUUGGUACCUAAAAUUUAAUUUUUUAUACGAAAAAUAUCAUUGGAACGUUUUGGUACCUAAAAUUUUUCAUUAUGACAUUUUAGUACCUAAACUUUUUACAUUUUUCAUAUUGGUCCUUGGUUGAGGAUGUCAUUUGGAUUCAUGGAUAAUCCACCAAUCCACUUGAUCCAAUCCAUGAAUCCACCAAUCCAUUAGAUCCAAUCCAUUAGAUCCAUGGAUCCACCAAUCCAAUCCACCAAUCCAAUCUAUUUGCCACCUCUCAAAAUUGAUCAAACUUAUUUUAUACGUAUUGAUUAAAGAAAUAAAAAAAUCAAUGGCAACCCAUGUUGCCGGUCACCACCCUCACAACUUAUAUUUCUUGUUUUUUUCUUUCCUUUUUCAUAUUUAUUUGUUUUUCCUUAUUUUAUCCUUUCCUUAUUUAAAUUGUUAUUGAAUUAGAAGCGUUACGUAAUCCUUACGUAAUAACUUAGUACUUUACUUAACGUGAGAUUAAUACUCAUUACAUGAAGAGACCUUCUAUUACGUAAAGGUUACAGAAUGAUAGUUAUUUCUUACGUAACAAUGAAAUCGGAAGUGUUACGUAAAGCUUCGAUAAUGACUUAACUCUUUACGUAAAACGACAUUAAUACUCAUUACGUAAAGAGACCUUGCAUUACGUAAGGUUUCCGUAAUAACAUUUCACAACUGUUACGUAUAGUACAUAUUCAUUACGUAAAGGUUACGAAACAAUAGUUAUUUCUUACGUAACAGUUAAAUAGGAAGCGUUACGUAAGGACGUAACGCGAGGUUAAUACUCAUUACGUAAAAAGACCUUCCAUUACGUAACGACAGUUAUUUCUUAUGAAACAGUUAAAUCAGUAGCGUUUACGUAAGGCUUCCGUAAUGACUUAGCAUUUUACGUAACGCUAGGUUAAUACUCAUUACGUAAAGUCAACUUCUAUUACGUAAGACUUCCGUAAUGAUCUUUUACAACUGUUACGUAACCAUUACGUAAUGCCUAUUGUAUUUUACGUAAUGCAACCUGUGAAACCUGCUAUAGCAUGUUAAAAAAUUCAAGUUACCUUACUUCAAGUUAUUGUAAGAAAUCCUUUUUAUUAAUAUUUGUGCUAACUUGGAUUGCUGACUGGUACAAUCUAACAUAAUUUGGAUGAAAAAUGAACGAAAUGACCCAUUUUGUUAUACGUACAAACUUAUAACACCAAAUCGUGCAAAAUGAAAGUUUGCUAGUGUUUUGGGAUAAUUACUUGUAUCACUUGAGAAGCGUGCCGUUUCAGGAUGACCUUCUCCGUUAAAGCAUCAUUUUAAGACAAAUUGCGGUAGCUGUUGAUUGUAACGAGGCCGUCAUGAUCGUUUGGCUCAAUGAUUAUUGUAUCAUCAAUUACAGGUAUCUCUAUUAUUAAUAUAACGGUUAUCCAGAGAAGCGCACUGAAAAGCACCAAAUGUAAAUAAAGAGUCAUUUGCACGCUGGAUGUAAAAAUCAGGAUUUUGCCAAAAUUUGUCCAUCCCUAAGCCAUUUAGAGCCAAAGACUUGCCUUUUAUAUAUAGGUAGAAUAACUUUAAAAUGUAAUUUACCAUCUUACCCUUCCAUGGGUUUUGCUAAUUUAUUUUAAAAGUCUAAUUUACAUCAUGUAAAUAUCUUACUCUUGGUUUCAAAGGUGGGAUAUAAAUCCCAGCUUUGAAGGGUGUAAGACUGUAAGUAACUUCAUAGUGCAUUGAAAAUACCAAACGCUGGACUUAAGAAUUAAUUGAUAACAAGUGUUUAUAUAAACUGAAGUAGCCAAUGUUAGCAAGUAAUGAACAUCAACUACGAAAUGUUGUUCUGUAGUUGUGAUAGAUCGACAGAUGGCAAGAAACAAGCACUAAUGCUUUAUCUUUUCAUUCCAAUUAAAUGAUGAUGAAUGGUUGUGAUGCCACCCGGUUCAACAUGGUUCAACCUGUAUUGGUCAUAAAACCGGUAUGACACUAUUGGUAUAAUCGACUUACGCAUUUUAAGCAAAAUGUUAUUAUUUUAAUGAAUUUAAUUAAUAAAAAUAAUAAUCUAUUAUUCAUUUUAUGAAUUUAAUAGUUAAAAGUUGAUGAUAUUUGUUGGAUUGUAACUAAAUUGUCCACAAAUAUGUUUUAUAUAUGAUUAAAUACAUUGAAUAUUAAUUUUUUAUAUAUUUUUUUAACUGGCAUGAAUCGGCACAAAUUGGUUUUACCACCGGUCAUACCAUUCCACUUGCCAAACCGACACAACGGUAUAAAUCGGUUUGACAACCUAUUGAUGAUAAUGUAAAUUUUACUUCAUAUUUAUAAAUCUAAUUAACAAAAUUUUGUAUGAAAUGUAUGAAACAAAUAAUAGUGUCUUUUGAAAUCAAAGAAUGGUCGUCGGGCAGGCGGACUCGCAUCUCUUACAACUGACACAGUCCUCUGUUCGUGAUCCCUGCUAAGCAUCCCAGGCUGAAUGGUUAAAGCGUCCAACUCAUAAUUAGCGAAUUCGUAGGUUCAAAUCCUCAACAUCCGAAAUUUCAUUUUCGAAAGAAUAUACACGGAAAAGUGGGGUAAUCCAACCAAUCUUGCUUCUUUCUUUUUUUCUUUUGUGGAAUUAAUCAUUCAUUUUAUUUGAUAUUUUCGUUAGUUUGGAAAGAAAUUAUUUCAAAAUUCAAGUUUUACCCAAUUUUUUUUAAAUCCACAAAGCAAAUCACCUAUAAAUUUUGCAUUCAAAUCACCUAUGAAUUUGGAAACCUAAUCCAUCAUCAAAAUCCAACAAACAAAUGACCCUUAAUAAUUUCUUUUAUUAUUUAAUUGUGGGGAUGGAGGACUCGUGGAGAGCACAAGUGGGAGAAUUAAUAGAUUUUUUUUAAUAUUUAAUUUCGGGGAUGGAGGACUCGUGGAGAGCAAAAGUGGGAGAGUUUUGGAUUUACCUUUGGGGUUGGGGAUUUCUGGGAGUUCCUUCAUCAGCUCUCUGUUGCCUGCAGCCUUUCUAGAUCAGGAUAGGCUGCCUCAUUGCAGAGCUGAAGCUAAUUCGAGUCGGCCUACGACACAACCAGCGAGGGCACUCUUACCCAUCCAUUUCUGUGCCUGAACUUCUUCCCUGGUUCAUUGUUUUUCGGUGGGGUUGUUCUGAAGUUGCCACAUGAAUCAGCACAAGGCAGCAAACGAUUCCCCUCCUGAACCCAGGCAGAGGCAGGGAGCGGUAGCAAAGGAUCCAAUUGCUGCUAGAAAAGUCCAGAAGGCAGACCGUGAGAAAUUGAGAAGGGACCGUUUAAAUGAGCAGUUUAUUGAGUUGGGUCAAACUCUAGACCCUGAUAGGCCUAAAAACGACAAGGCAACGAUUUUGACCGAUACAGUUCAAGUUCUCAAGGAUCUAACAUCUGAAGUUAACAGACUCAAAGCCGAGUGUUCUGCCCUCACAGAAGAAUCCCGUGAGCUUCUGCAAGAAAAGAAUGAGUUGAGGGAGGAGAAGGCAUCGCUUAAGUCUGAUGUUGAAGCUCUGAACAUGCAGUAUCAGCAGAGAUUAAGAGCCAUGUUCCCCUGGGGUCACGUUGAUCCUUCUGUAAUUAUGGGAUCUCCUUAUUCAUAUGCAGUCCCUGUACCAGUGCCUCCUGGUUCAAUCCCCAUGCAUCCACCAAUGCAGCCAUUCCCCUUUUACAGAAAUCAACCUCCAUCCAAUCCUGUUCACGAUCCCAGAAGCAAGUUGGUAUGCCACCCUGGGGAUAGCCAUAUUGAGGAAUGCUGUGAUGACUCGGGUGAAGUUGCAACUGAACUUGUACUUAAAAUGCCUGGAUCGUCUUCUCAGCAGGAGGCUGUAGAAAGGAAAGGCAAGCAGAGGAAGGAAAAGGAGAACUGUGUUGUUUCUUCUAGCAUUAGUUCUUCCCCUCAUGUCGCUCAUGAUUACUCGUCUAACAGCAUUGGUGAUGCAGCAUCAUCUAAGCCUUGAGAUUUCUGGCUGUGUAAUUGGUUUUUCACAUAGCUAACCACAUAGAGAGGCAUGUCCUUAUACCGACUCCUGGGAGCAGAAUCAGUCUUUAGUGUUGGUUGUAACUUGAUGGGAUUUCUUCCCAGUUGGAUAAUGGGCUUUGACUUCAAUUACAAAGUGUUGUAUGCACACUUAUGAAGCUAAAAGUGAGCAGCCGGGAUGAGCUUGCGGGCGAAGAAAGAAGAAGCCGUGGAUGGGAUGCUCUGUUCUCCAAAAUGGUAGGUUUGGUGUGUGUAUAAGGGGUUGGUCUAGUCACGAGUGCUUUACCUUACUGUAAUAUGAUUAGUCUUGAAUUUGAAGGUCUCAGGUUAGAAUAAUUUAAGUAGCACCUAAUAUCAAAAAGUAAAACUAUAAGUAGGUUUAGUGUGUGAACAAGUGCUUGGUUUAGUGGUGGUAAUAUGACUAGUUUUGAAUCUCUAGGUCUUAGGUAGGGGUGGGCAUACGGUUCAGUAAAAUCGAACCGAACCUAAUCGAACCGAAUAUAAACCGAACCGAAAUUGAAUUAAUGUUAUUCGAUUCGGAAUUCGGAAGAGAAAAGGGCAUAUUUCAGAAACCAGGGUCCUUUCGACCGAACCGAAUUUCCGAAUUUCGAAUUGAAAAUCGAAUUAUUAUAAUUGCAAGCUCCAAAUGGUGGAUUUUUAAGUUUCUACUUAUUACGAGACGUAAAUAUUUGAAUCAUGUUAGUGUUUUAUGACUUAUGUGUUGAAAUGUUUGAUUUUAUCAUUGGUGAUGCAUAUUUAUUGUUUACAUUAGGGGUGAAAAUUCCAUUAUUUUUUGGCAAAAUUCCAAAUCCCAUUAUUUUUUGGCAGGACACUCUAUAACUAUUAACCGAGUCGAGAAUUACUGGUUAAUGAUAUAUUAACGGUUUAGAGGCUCUUGGAUUCGUCUGUCGGUAGAAGAAAACUGCUAAUCGGUUUAGCGGUUAGUAACCAACAGUUUCUCAGAUAACCGUUUAACCUACUAGAGCUCCAUGUUUCACUAAAAUGUCAUCGUUUUUCCCAAAUGAAACAACCCUACCCCACCCUUGAGUUGUGUUUCUUUUGUAGCUUCUCUUCUUUGUGAAAUCUCCUCUAUCCACUAGCCCUCUUCCAUACAGAUGAUGGAACUCAAACACAGCCAUGUCUGCCGAAAGUACCUCAUCCUCCACGUCUCUAAUUCAAAAUUUCUGCCUCUGGUCUCUGAAUUCGAAUAAGUGAAUACCUUUCGCCUCCUUCCAGUUCUGCCUCUGGUCUUCAACUUCUCUUUAUUGCAUUCCCAGUAUUUUGCCGAAUGUGGGUAAAAAUGUACUGUUGUUUAAAAAUCCUCUCAUCUUAUGCACUUAUGUUUUGGAUGGUAUAGGAUACUGGGCCAAGAUCAGGUGACUAAGGGGAGUGCCUUAGUCACAUGGCUAAGUGAAUCUCAGCACUCAACCUUAUUAAAAUCCAAGGGCUCCAAUUAAUCCAAUUUAAUUAAGGAUAAUGUGUUAAUUGCAUGUUUAUUUUAAUUUUUUAAUUAUAAAAUAAUAAAAAAUGCAAGCACUACGUCUCUGUCUCCUUGCGCCAGCCAGUCACCGUCCUCUCCCGUUUGCGCCGGCCAGCCAAAUUUUCGGCGGCAGAGAGAGAGAGAGAGAGAUUUUCUGAUCGGAUGAAAUUUUUUCCGGCGACCAUCGAUGACGGAGAAGGAUUUUCCUGCGACAGUGCUAGAUUUGUGAUGUUUGUUGACAUAUUUUGUAAUAUUUGUAUUUUGUAUUGUUUAUCAUUCUUCUUUGUCAUUUUUUAGUGACGUUUUGUAUGGUUAGUAUGCUUUGUAUUGUUUGUCGGUUUCUUUUAUAAUGUUUGUAAACUUUGUUAUUUAUGUGCACCAUGUUUAUUAUUUUUGUCAACCAUGUUAGUAAAGUUUUUUAUGUCUAAAAAAUAACUUGGUUGACUUUUGGAUGAAACUCCUCUAUAUAGGGAUGGAGCUUCCAAAGUCAACUCGAGUGUUUUUUCCGUUUACGUGGAUUGUCGGUCUAGUUUGUCAUUUUUGUCCAUCAUAUUCGUAAUGUUUGUAUGUCUAAAAAACAAUCGGGUUGACUUUGGGACGGAGCCCUCUAUAUAGGGAUGGAGCCUCCAAAGUCGACCCGGUUGUUUUUUUCUUUUUUGUAAGAUUUGUAUUGUUUGUCGGUCUAGUUUGUAUUGUUUGUACAAUUCAUCCGUCUGUAAUGUUUGUAAAUCUGUUUGUAUGUUUUGUCGUUGUAAUUUGUACUGUUCGUACGUUUGUUUGGUUUGUACUAAUUGUAAGUCCGGUUUGUAUACUUCGUAAUUUUUCAUAAUACCCAAAAUACCCCUGCCAUUAAUUAAAUAGCUCUUCCCACUUUUUAACCGUCAGAUUACUGUGUCCAAAUCUAAGGGCUGGGAGGGGCUUAGUCAAGUGACUAAGCACCCCCUCUUAGUCAUAGGAUCUGGACUCCUAGGACACUUAUGCAUAAUCAUAUAUAAGAGGUGAGAUUAAAAGAUUUUUUUUACUUUUUUUAAUUAUUAAUUAAUUUUUAUCUUGUUCGUCUUAAAUUGGAGUUUAAUUUUUUGUUGCAAAGAUGGAAGGGGUUUGUUGUGAUCUACCAAAUGAUAUCUAUUUUUAAUAUAAUUUGAGAAACAUUUUUUUCGAACCACCCCUAUCACUCGUUAACACCCUGGUACCACUUUAUAUCACCUUAUUUUGUACUCAAAUUUUGAAAAAAAUUGCUUAAAAUGAGCAAGUGGAUCGCAACCUAUUGGAUUUACAAAUUUAUUGAGAUAAAAUUUCAAUACCAAACAUACUACCCUGGUAUAGGUGGUAAUUGGUGGUAGACAGUAAUAAAAACUGGUAAAUGAC